UUAUGUUUACAUUUGGUAACAACUGUCACAAGGGUUAUUCAAUUUUAUCGGUCCUGUCAGAUGUCCUAAAAUGAAUACAUAAUUACUUCGGACAUACAAGUGUACGUAUAUUUUAUGUUAUAAUUUCACCUGGAUGAACAAAUCAACAAAUAAAAGCUGACAACUUUAAAGAAUGGAAGCCGCUCGAGAGCCAUUGCUUAAGGACGACCAAAAGACGGUUUACGAUUCAAUAUAUCCAAAUCAAGCCAUUGUUAUCAACACUUCCGACAACAUAUCAGACGUUGGUGUACUGAAAGACACAGACAACAAAGUUGCACAUGAAACAAAAUUAUACAAGAGACGAUGGUAUAUUUUGGUUGUUUUCUCAUUGAUUGCAUUUGCGCAAGGUGGGAUAUGGAAUACCUGGGGCCCGAUAGCAGAGGCGAGCGAGGAAGCCUUUGGUUGGACGGAUGGUGACAUUGCAUUAUUUGCCAACUGGGGACCUAUUGCCUAUCUCAUUGCUACCUUUCCACUUGCAUGGAUAAUUGAUGUGAAAGGUCUCAGGCCCGCCUGUGUGAUAUCAACUUUCCUGGUAGCAGCUGGAGCGGGAGUAAGAUGUAUAACAGACGACCCAGAGUAUAUCAGCUGGACUGUUAAUAUUGGACAGUUAUUAAAUGGACUGGCAGGACCUGUUGCAAUGGGAGGUCCACCUGUUUUAUCAGCACUCUGGUUUCCUGCCAAUGAAAGAACAACAGCCACAGCUAUUAACUUAGUAUUUAAUAAUUUAGGACUUGGAGUUUCCUUUAUAAUAGGUCCCUAUUUUGUUCCUGACAAACCUGAUAAAAGCAAUACAACAACCUAUAAUACCAGUACUGCUGAUAACCAAAGUAUAUGGUACAACAUUAGUCAGUUCAACGAAACAAGAAUUCAUAAAGAGAGAGCGGAAAUUAUGAAACUUAUGUAUUGGGAAUGUGGUUUAGCAGUAUUAGUCUUUCUGUUAGUGUUGGUAUACUUUCCCAACAAACCAAAACUUCCGCCCUCUUUAUCAGCUUCAGCUGAAAGAGUAGACUUUAAAAGUGGAAUCAAACAAUUAUUCAGAAAUGGCAAGUUUUGGUUGAUAGGACUGACAUACGGAGUGUCGUUAGGUGUCUAUGGUUGUUGGCAAAGUGUUCUAGAUGUAAUCCUCAAACCUCAUAAUAUAUCAGAGGAACAAGCUGGUUGGUUAGGAUUUUAUUCUUUAUUAGCAGGAUGCAUUGUAACGUUAGCUAUCGCAAGAUUUGCUGAUGUAUUUUCAAAACACAUGAGAUUGUUUUUACUGUUUCUAUAUGUUGGUGCUGCUGGGUCUUUAGUAUGGUUUACAUUUCUUAUACAGGGAACCAUUCCUAAUUCUCAAAUUCAACUUUAUGCCUCCAUAAUAAUAUUCUGUAUGAUGCUUGGUUCCACCUCUCCAUUAUACUUUGAGAUGGCUUGUGAAGCGAGUUACCCUGUGGCAGAAGGAGUCACAAACUUAGUACUAACGUUACUUAACAACAUUGGUGGUCUAGUGUUCCUUAUAGUACUUAUGGUUCCUAAUAUUGGUUCAUCAUGGGAAAAUUGGUGUCUGAUAGGAGCUAUUGCAUCUUGUAUACCAGUCCUUGCGUUCCUUAAGGAACGUUAUAAUAGACUUGAAAUCGAUGAAACUGAGAUUAAAGUGGAUUAGGAUAUUUAUUUUAUUAAUUUGUCUCAAUUCCUAAAGUUGUGAUUUUAUUUCAAACUUAAUGCUGUUUAUUUUUAUUUCGAUUUUUGAAUGGUUUAUCAUGUAAUAUAUUUAUUGUUUUAUUAUUAAUUAAAAUAUGUAGAAUAAAUGAUAAGGUUGCAAAU